AUGUACCAGUAUCAGGCCAGUCCCACCGAGCUCGCCCUCAUAGGCCGUAGCACCCUCUCGGAAAAGUUGACUGAGUUUGACUUCAAAGCCCCGACCGAAAAGGCCAAGAACAUCCCCGACAUCCUCGAGAGCGUCAACACGGCCCUCGCCCAGAUCACCAGCACCUCCAGCCUCUCCCUCCACGGGAACUUUGCCGCUCUCGAGACGAUCCGGAAGAUUCUUACUUACCGCGCUAUUUUGCGCGCUUGUUUGGUGCCGCGCGGGCGCGAAUUCAGAAGCGAGCACGCUCGUCCAACACAUAUGGACUGGUUCAUUUUCAAGGAUGGGGGGGCUUGGUUGGAGGAUCUGGGGGUCUUGGCUGCUGAGGAGGAGGUGGGUUUGGUUUGGGGGGAGGUUAGGAGGGUUUGGCAGAGCAUGAUUGCGAGGAAGAGGGUUGUUUUGUUUGGGAAGGAGCAGAGGGAGGCGGAGAUGAGGGAGUUUAGGAGGAUUUAG